AUGAAGCUCUUUACCAUCACCCGAACCUCCGACCUCGCACUGAACCCUCCUGUCCGCCCACGCGCCAUGGCCGCCUCUUCCCUAGUCCUGGUCUCCCCACGUCCCCGUGACUCCCCCUUCCCCUCCUCCUCCUUCGCCAAGGUCCACGUCUCCCUCUCCACGCUCGAGCCCCUCUUCCACCUGCCCCAGGAGUCUGCCGCAAGGCGCCUGGGCGUCUCGCUCACCAGCCUCAAGGCCGCCUGCCGCAAGAUCGGCAUCAAGCGCUGGCCCUACCGCCGCUGGCCGGAAGCUGGCCUAGAGGAUGACCUAGGAGCCCCUGCGCCAUCUCUGACCGCAGCCUCAUCUAACAACACUCUGGUCAUGGAGGCUGCAGUACCGUCUCCCCCCGUGCCGGACGAGACGACUACUACUGAAAGUACCCAUGACGGAUGGCUGGCUAGCGUGAACGAGCUGGGGGAGGACCAAGAGUGGCUGUCAUGGUACAUGGACUGCGACGCCAGUGACGUCUCGUAA